AUGAAUAUUAAAAUCAACGUUUUAGCUUUAUUCUUUAUUGCUCUAUGUUUCUUUGGAGUUGUAUUAUCACAACCAUGUCCACAUGGAUACCCAAGAUGUAAUGGUAUAUGUGAAAACCCAUGGAUGGGUCCAUGUAAUGUUGAAUACCAAUGCCCAGAAGGUUUGGUUCUCUGUAAGGAAACCUUGUCUUGCGUCAUGAAGACUCACCCAUGUGCAACUGCCUACAAAUCAUUGAUUGAAAACUAA